AUGCUCCGGGGAAAUGUGACGAUUCGAGCUUAUGGCCGCCAGGCUGCUUUCACCGAGCACGGCCAUCGCCUGACGGAUCAGCUUUCGCGCCCCAAUGUCUUGCUGUCGGCGAGCCGGGAAUGGAUCACCUUGCGCGUCGCGUUUCUCGGCGCCUGCAUGUCCGGUUUAACGGCUUUACUCGUGCUAUGGUACAAAGAUGCCAUUAGCAGUGGCCUCGCGGGCCUCGUUCUCGCAUACGCCUUGAUGUCUACGGAGAGCAUGGUCGUCCUAACGCAAGUCUACGCGUUGGCUCAUCAGGCCUUGAUCUCGGUCGAACGCAUCAAGGAGUACAUGGAGGCAGAGCAGGAGCUUACGGAACCAACGCGGGAGUGCCCGGCGCCGACAUACAGCUGGCCUCGUGGGGGGCACAUUCGCUUCCGCAGCUUCGCGGCCAAGCACAGCUCUACACUGUCGCCAACCAUGCGCGACUUUGACCUACAAGUGGAUGCGGGCCGCCGCCUUGCUAUCUCAGGCAACAUCGGUGGCAAUGAGUCGUCACUGGGCCUGGCUCUCAUCCGCGCGCUGUUGCCGUCGCACGGCCGGAUUGAGCUCGAUGGUGUCGACAUUGCGUCUCUCAGGCUCGACGUACUGCGCCGACUUGUCACCAUUGUGCCGCGAGAGCCCACCGUAUUCAGUGGUACUUUCCGCGAGAACCUCGACCCAGAGAACAUUCAAGACGAAGACCGAAUGUACGAGCUGCUGGAAAGCCUCCACGUGCCGCAGCUGCUUCCUGGCCUCGAUCUCGACGACGAGCUCCCCGAGAGGCUUUCGCGAGUCCAGAAGCAAAUCAUCUGCGUCGCCCGCGCCAUGCUCCGCCAGUCCCUCGUUUUAGUACUAGACGAGGCCACCGCCAUGUUCGACUUUGCCACGGACCAGCGGAUCCAAGUCGCCCUACGCGACGGCAUCGCCGCUGGCACCACCAUCAUCGCCAUCGCGCAACGCCUCACCACCGUUCCCGACUACGACCGGGUCAUUGUCAUGACGUCUUCAGGAGGCAUAGCCGAGGACGGACGGCCGAUGAAGAUGCUGGACAGAGACGACGAGCGCACCGAUGGUGACGCCGUGUUCAGGACCAUGUGCAAGCGAGCGGGCAAUUUGCGGCUCAUGGAGCGUUUGGCAGGCCUCAGGAGGUAG